ACACAGCUGUGGCUGUUUUCUGCAGAGGAAGCCUGUCUCUGGUAUGAGGUCUGCGCUCAGGAAUGAAAUAGCAGCUUUUUUUUCUGCCUCUCUCUCCCCCAAAACGAUGAUGUGACCUAACUACGUGAUAACUGUCUGAGCAGUAAGAGAGCAGCACAACUCACAGCUUCAUCAUUGUCGAGGUGCGAAUGAACAUAGUCGGUUGUCGCUAGAUCAUACACUUAGAACGUCUGGACAUCCAAGCACUCUAAGUGCCAAAUGCCAAGACUAGAAGAACACUGUUGGAGUCGCUCCUGUGCAUCUAGGGUGGAAUCUAAGACUUUUUCUGGGGGAAACUGGGUCGCAUCGAGAGCUGAAGAAAUGAUGUCCAUUGUCACAACAGUGCUCAGCAAUGCAUAUGGCUCGCUGCACAGUGUGCGAGCAGCACACUUGAUCAGGCGGGGUCUCGUCCUUUUCACCGUGGGAGUAGUUCUUGCGUUGGUGCUCAACUUGCUGCAGUUACAAAGAAAUGUGACUUUGUUUCCCGAAGAGGUGAUGGCAACUUUGUUUUCAUCAGCGUGGUGGAUACCCCCUUGCUGCGGCACGGCAGCUGCUGUUGUUGGCCUGCUAUACCCCUGCAUCGACAGCCAUCUAGGAGAGCCCCACAAGUUCAAGAGGGAAUGGGCUAGUGUCAUGAGAUGCAUUGCAGUGUUCGUUGGCAUCAACCAUGCCAGUGCUAAACUACACUUUGCCAAUAAUGCCCAGCUGUCCCUGACCCUGGCUGCCCUGUCCCUGGGACUGUGGUGGAUGUUUGAUCGCUCGAGGAGUGGCUUCGGCCUGGGCAUCGGGACGGCAUUCCUUGCCACCGUUAUCACACAGCUGCUGGUCUACAACGGUGUCUAUCAAUACACGUAUCCAGACUUUCUGUAUGUGCGCUCUUGGCUUCCAUGCAUAUUCUUCUCAGGAGGAGUGACUGUGGGGAACAUAGGACGCCAGCUAGCCAUGGGUGGUGUCGAGAAACUCCACAACGACUGAACAGAGGGGGAAAGAAGGAAGACUGACAAUAUGGAGAACAGGCGUAACAGAACCAAGUCUGCCGUCAUGGGGAGAGACAGUUUGAAAGAAAAGAGACUUAUUAUUUUUUUCUACUUUUCUGUGUGUUAUAACAAAGAGCUAGCCAGAACACCCUUGAAAUUAACGUGCCAUGACUUCUGCACCUCUUGGUGGCCAAAAUAACUUACAGUAUUAGGCUAGCAGUUGCCGCUAUGCUAUCUCUAUUAGGAUCCAUAUAGCAUUAUUCCAGAAGAUAGUCGCAAAGCUAUCCCUGUUAGGGUCCAUAUAGCAUUAGGCUAGCAGUUAGACACUAGGCUAUACCUGUUUGAUUCCAAAUAACAUUGUGCUAGCAGUUAGCUGCUAGGCUAUCCCUGUUUUGGUCCAUAUAGCAUUAGGCUAGCAGUUAGCCGCUAGGCUAUACCUAUUUGGGUCCAUAUAGCAUUAGGCUAUAUGGCCAAAUGAAAUAGGCUAUAUGGCCACUAGCUCCUCCCUCACUAUGGCAGGACAGUAUUUGCCCUUCCAAUUCUUCGAAAUGAAAAGUUAACUUGUCUCAGUUUUACAGUGUAAGAGUGAACUAUUAGCUUUUUGCAGGUGUGUGUGUGCACGUGUGGAUUUGUGCAGGUCUGUUAUGGCUGAGUACAAAAUGACUGUAAAAGGGAAACGUUUAAGAGCUGUGCAAAAACUGUCUGACACUCACAGAGACGGCGACCAACAGUAUGUCACCAAUGACAUGUAUUGUGUUCCCAAUAUUGUAAUUAACCAAGAAAAAUAUAUAUCUGAGAAAUUAGAAUGCCAACACCUAUAACCCCAAACCAAAUAUACAUGAGAUCACAGAUGAUGUGACCAUGUUUUGAAAGAAUGUACCAUGAUACUACACUAAGUAAGCAUAUUCAUGGUUUCAGUGAAAUCAGUAAUGUUAACAAAAAGGCACCUGAAUGUAAUCGGGUGUGAAAGCUCACCUCUUGGCUGACUUUGUGGAUAUGGUGUGCAACCUGGAGGUGACCUAUGACCCCUCAAAUGAAUGGCUGAUUUCCCAUUUAGAAUUUUCCAGACUUGGCAUUAAAGUUUAUGAUUAUACAUUAAGAGAAGGAGACAGGACAUUUUUACUAUGGCCUGUGGAUUUGCAAUCUGUGAUUGCCUUUGUAUUAUAGAAUUGAGUGCUUUUGUCACUACUAUACCAGUUCAAUUUUAUUGUACAUAAUUAUAUAUUGCUUACAUGUAUAGUCACUUCCCUAUAUAAUCAGACAGGUAUUACCACACUAUACCAAUUCAGUUCAAUAGUUGGGGGGCUAAAGGAAUAAAAGUGCAAUCACAUAUACCUGAGCUGACUAUUCUUCUUAUUUAUUAUUUCUGACAAUAGUUAAGAGGUGAGACUCCAUGGAAUCAUAUGCAGUGUGGAUAUAAAAAAGGAGCAUCAAAGAAGCAAUAACAGCAGCUUUUGUAAAAACAAAAAUUGUCUAAGAUUACUUGCAAUUCUUGGACUGUAUACCAAUGACUAUUCUCUCCAUGAGGAGAAGAAAAAAAACAUUGUGUCAAACUGUUUGUAAAUUCUCCUAGUAGUUAAAACAUUAUUAAAUGGGAAUACAGAUUAUAUUUUUUUUAUAUUUUGUUAUGUAUAGAUCACAGCGUGAUUGGUUGGUUCGGUGUGAAUCUUUGCUCAAUUUCAGGUGUUUGUCCCAAAUGGCACCCUAUUCUCUAUAUAGUGGACUACUUUUAACCAGGGGCCCUGGUCAAAAGUAGUGGACUAUAUAGGGAAUAGGGUUCCAUUAUGGAUGCUGUCCAGGUGUGCUGCUGGGAGAAAAGGAAGCUUUAUUAUUGGGGUGUUUAAAACACCUAUUAUUUCAAUGUGUAGAGAGUGUGAGUGUGUUUUCAGCUGUGUAUCAUUUUUAUUACCUUGAAUCCAAGUGGAAAAUAAAAAGGAACUCCUAAUGA